AUGACAGAAGUCCAAUCGAGAACUACUGAUCUUGAAGAGGGCCAGGACCAUAUGCUAGAGUCUGCUCUUCAUCAACUCCUGACAGAUUCGGAUGAUCCAUUUCAGGAGGAUCCUUCAAACCCUUUCACAAACGAUCCAACAAUGGUUUUUAAUCAAAAUGAUACCGAACAUGAACAUAGUAACGACGAAACUGAUAUCGAAAGAGCAAUUGAGUCGGCUAUCACUAAUAUGAACAAUACCGACAUAAUAGAUGCAUCUCUCUUGAAUGAUAAGCAGCUCUCUUUGGAUACUAUACUUGGCGAGAACACCCAUGCAGCAGAUAUGGAUAUGCAUUUAACAGAUUUGUUAGGUACUAAUAACAAUAUGAAGAAACGGUCUAUCGAUAAUCUGGACGAUGAAAUAACAACUUUAGAGAUAGAAAAGAAGAAGAAAGUAAAGACACAGAAAAAUAUUAAAGAUAUACGCAUUUAUAAAACUACAGAUGAACCUUUCUUAUCUCCAGCAUCAUUAUCGCCGUCUUCAACAUUGUCACCAGAAAAUAGUGAAACCCAAAUAAAGUUGGAAUCUUUACCAAUCACUUCAUACAAUAAAAAAAAACAAAAGAAAAUCGCCAGCAAAGGGAAGACCUUAACAUCCGAAACUUUAAAGGCAGAUAUACCUAUUCCUGAUAAAUAUACCAAUGAGUUCACUAUGACACAAGUUACCGAUAUUAAAAAGAGGAUUGUCAGUACUCAUAAAUUAAUUCUAAACUUCAACUUCUUAAAAGACGGUUAUGCUAGAACAUGUGUAGAAUUAAAAAAGGCUAUGAUGUGUUUGAAAGAUAGUGAAAUUCAUAGAGCACACCUAUUGACAGAAAAUGAACAAUUAAAGAAGGAAAUUGCUGCUCUUCAAACCACUGUUAAAGAAGAAGAUAUUAGCUAA